CGCUCAAGGCUCGAUGUACCGGCUGAAUGCGCUUGACUUUAGCAGAGCAGCUGGACUGCGAGGGGGGCGUUCCGCACGGAUCGACUGCUCUUCAACGGGCUUCUCCUUUAUGAUGUUUGAAACGCUUUUUAAAUGAAGUUUAAAAGCACGUAGGAAAACCUGCACUUGUUCCAACUAUACCAGAGCAAAUUGUAUCUGUCGUUUUGGAAAAAUACAACGUUUUCCCAAUGAAUUGCACCAGGGUUCUCCAUAUCCUGAACCCAAGGCCAAUGCCAGGUCCAAUUAUGCCUGUGGAUGUGGCCAUGAGAAUCUGUCUGGCACACUCGCCGCCUCUUCACAGUUUCCUCAGCUCAUAUGAGGACUACAAGUCCAGGAUCCUGGUCAACCAGUACAAACCUCUGAGAUCCUGCAUCAGCUCCAGGACAGAGGUGGACACCGCCAACUUAGAAUGGAAGAGUCCCAAAACCAAAGCUAAGAAGAAAGUGGUUUUUGCCGAUUCGAAAGGCAUGUCAUUAACGGCGGUCCAUGUGUUCAAGGAAUUUGAGGAAGACGUAUUAGACCUGCAGUUUGAGUUAUCAGAUCUAGAGAAUGCCAUUGUUGGCAUGAAGGUCGAGAAAGAUAAGAGUUUUGCUUUGGACUUCCCUCAGCCCGCCGCAGACUAUUUGGACUUCAGAAAUCGUCUAAAGAAGAACCUGGUGUGUUUAGAAAACUGUAUAAUUCAAGAGCGUUUGCUCACCGGCACAGUGAAAGUUUCCAAUGUAAGUUUUGAGAAGGCCGUCAAUGCGCGAAUAACAUUUGAUUCGUGGAAAAGUUACACUGACAAUCCUUGCACUUUUAUGAAUAACGUUUAUGGUUGUGAAGACGUAGACACUUUCUCAUUUUCAAUUGACCUGCCAAGUUUUGUGCACCAGGAUGAGCAGGUAGAGUUCUGCAUAUCCUACAGAACUCAUGAAAUGACACACUGGGACAAUAAUGAUGGGAAGAAUUACAAGUUGGUACGUGCUGAGAAUGAGCCCGGUCAGUCCAACCGUGUCGUGCAGAAGACGACAGAUUUGAAGAAUCAAGCUAAACGGCCAGAAAUGGAGUUUGAUCAGUUUGGAAGCCCGAGGACAUCCAGUGGCUUCUUCCCCGAGUGGCAGAGCCUGGGCCAUAUCGGGAACAACACCCCCUACUGGUAAAAGUUCAAGGCCCCGAUGAACUGAUGUCAUUUUGGUUAAAGCACAUGAAAGUGGAGCACCUGAUUCUUUUCAGAGCUGAUCUGAUUUGUAGUCAGCUGCACAUUUAAAAAAGUCAGACAAGUAAAAAUGAAAUGAUGUCAUCAAAACAAAGGGCCUUUUUAGACACUUUUUGUCUAAUAGAAUUUUUGGUGUAUGCUUUUGGAGAUACACACUUAGAUGUAGGACUCCAAAAUAAUGCAACAUUUUAGACUAUGUUAACACUAAAUGAUGGCAAUUAUUGAAAUAAAAAAAUAAUUUUAUUUUGUAGCACUUUAUACUGUUUUCUAGAUUGCGGUAAACCAGUUUUCGUAACAUAGAUGCCCUCCUAUGUGAUUUUAUGUUAUUGUCAGUUUAACUGUAAUAUAGUGGCAUCCUUUUUAAAAUAUUUACAAACAUCCUUGUUUAAGUGAACAACUAGCUCUUGCUCCUCUUUAUAUUCUUUACUGUACUAUUUUGAUAUCUUGAAGGAUAAUCAUUUUGAUGGAAAGCAUCAGUCUUACUUCUGAAGUCACUGAAUUUUAGGAAACCUGCUUGAGAAAUGUGACCGGAUAUUAAUAAUUUAAGUCAUCCUUAAGAAUUAGAGGAACCAGCACUGCAUUUAUUUUUUCACAGAUUAUAAAAUGUAAUCUGGUAUGAUAUGAGAUUGCUUCAUAUUGAAGUUUGUGUAUCUCAUUUCAUACUACCACUUCAUUGAUCACUUUCUUGCAAAUGCAGUAAGCAUGAUGCACCAUAAGGAAGUUUGUGAGAGAUAAUAAUGCCCGUUUAGUGCUAAAUUCCUACACCUGAACUUCCAUAUUUUCAUACGUCUGUUCUGCUUUUUAAAAGCUGCGCUCUCAGUGUCUUUUCCUACAACAUUUUGCUGCUAUGGGUUUGUGAGUGCCUGUGUUUUCUGCUUCGUGGUUUAUGAUGUGUGUGGAAAUUUUCAGUGUGUUUGGACGAUAAACAAUGAGGGACUUUGGAUAUAACUUUGGAAUUAAUGGUAGGUGAGGAAAUGUGGCAGAGAAAUAUAAUAUAAAACAAGACUGUUUGUCGCCUGUUUUCAUGCUUUUUGUGCUGCAAUAGAAAAGCAGUUUGAGGUUGACAGUUGAAAGUGAUUGUGAACUGUGAUGAACUACUUCGCUAGCUGCUGUAAUUGUUAAGAGGGAUAAUGUAGGUUGAAUGUAAAAAUGGUUUUGCACAACCAUGGUGUACACCUAAAUAUUUUUUUCUACUGCAAAGAGAGCUGUUUGUUCAGAAGAAUGUUGUUCUGUACUCGUUCGUGUGUUCCUUUUAGAAAUAAAACCUAAUGUU